AUGCCACCUAAAACUAGAAGGAAUGAGGUUAGUUCACAUCAACUCAAAGUAAAUGAUAACACAUAAAACUAAUAGGAAGAAGGGAACAAGGCUUUUCUGAAUAGUGAAUAUGAUAAAGCACUUACUCUGUACACAAAAGCCAUUUGUAAGAAUUGUCUUAAUAGUUUUUAGAGAUUGAAGAAAAUCCAAUCUAUUUCAAUAAUCGUUCCCAAGCAUAUUUCUAUCUGGAUGAUUUAGAAUUGGCCCUCCAAGACUGCAAUAGGGCUUUAUAGUUAAAUCCUAAUUAUUCCAAGGCCUUAUCAAACAAAGCCUAAAUUCUUUAUGAGAUGGGGUACAUCGAAGUAUUUCUUUGAUCUUAUGCAGGAUGCUAUUUAAUGUUUAGAAUCCUCAAACCAUCACACAUCAGAAAUUGAGAAAUUAUUGAAUCAAUAUAAAACAUAGGCUCUCUAAUCUUCGAUUGAUUCAGGGGAGCUCGAUAAAUAGAAGAGACUUUUGGAAUGGCUUAAGAGUGGACAAGCCCUAUUCCCUAAAAUCAAGAUUGAAUGUUAUGCAGAGGAUUAUAGAGGAGUCAAUGCAAGGAAGGCUAUAAGUUCAAAAGAAGUCAUCCUUUUCGUCCCCAGAUCCCAUAUGAUAACUUUAGAAAUGGCAAAAGAUACACCAGUAGCUAAAAAAAUAAUUCAAUAUAGACUUGAUUUAUUAUCACCCAAACACUCAUUCCUCUCUACUUUUUUAUUGUAAGAGAAGAAAAUAUAGGAUUCCUUUUGGAAACCCUACUUGGAUGUACUUCCAAAAUCAUACUCUAAUUUUCCAAUCUUUUUCAAUGACAGUGAUUUGGAAUGGCUGAAAGGAUCUCCAUUUUUAAAAUAAGUAAAAGAUAAGAUCACAGAUCUAAAAAAAGAUUAUUGUGAUAUCUGUUAAGUAGCUCCAGAGUUCCUCUAAAAUUCAUUUGAUGAAUUCUGUUGGGCCAGGAUGACUGCAAGCAGCAGAAUCUUUGGCAUCAACAUCAAAGGAGUUAAAACUGAUGCCUUUGUCCCUUUGGCAGACAUGCUUAAUCACAAACGUCCUAAACUGACAUCUUGGUGUUAUUCUGAUGAAAGAUAAGGGUUUAUCAUUGAAACAGAUGAAAAUAUUGAAAAAGGUUAAAUGAUCUUUGACAGUUAUGGCAGCAAAUGUAAUUCUAGAUUUUUACUCAAUUAUGGGUUUGUUGUUGAUGAUAACAAUGCCAAUGAAGUAAAUGUGAUGGUUGAACCUGAUGGAACUAUUUCCCUCAUUCAAUUAAAGGAAGGACUUUCACGAGAAACAUUAUAAUUCCCAAAAUCCUUUAGAUUAGUCAUUGAUCCAAAUGAUGUCAGCUUCUCUGAUUUCAUGAGUUUCAUUAGAUUCAUUCUUAUUCAAGAGGAAAAGGAAUUCGCAAAUCUUCUCGGAAAAAAUUCUUAUAUAAAACCUACCAAAAUCCACUUUAUUAGCAUCUAAAAUGAAUUAGCUACGUGGAAUCUUAUUGAAAACAUAUGCAUUCGUGCUCUUAAUCAAUAUCCAACAACUCUAGAAUAAGACUUAGAAAUACUCAAAAUAUGUGAACUGACGACCAAUCAACGGAAUUGUCUCAUAUUAAGAAUGGGUGAAAAAAAAAUACUUAACUUUUAUAAAUAAUUCAGUGAAAAAAUGAGAUAGUUGUUUUCAAAUUUUGAUUUUUCUGAAUUGAAAAAACUGCAACAAAUUCAAGAAAACUACCAUUACUUUAAUUAUUUAACCAGGAUAAAUAAUUAGCUAAAAAAUCAAACUGAAAAUUAUAAUUAUAAAUAAAUUUCAAUUUAAUGA